AGUCUGGCCAAUGGGCAGCGCUGGCGUCACUUGCUGAUCAGCCUGUCCAUAAUCGCACUACAGGUCGCAGUAAAAUCCUUUAGGCAUCACAUUGAUCAUUCCUCGGAGCAGGACUUAAGAGUAAGGGUCUAUGUCUUCUGGGUUUCGACGACAUGGGCACACCUCGUCCACGAUAAUAUCGUCAAACUUUACGGAACGACAGAGGACUUCGGGCCAACCACAGCCCUUGUCUUCCAGUGGUUUCCGGACGGCACGCUAGCCCAUCUAAUCACAGAACAGGGUGCUACAUUAACCAUCAAGUCCAAGUUCAAGCUGGUAACUUCAAUUCACUCUUUUCCCGUUGUUCACGGUGACAUUACGAGUAUCUCAAGGAAGGAGAAUACAAGGCUUGCCUAACGGACUUCAGCUUGUCGAGUGUCCUCUGCAAUCGUUUGAGAAAGUGCGAAAUUGAAGGAUCAACUGUUCGGCCUGGUGCAAUCAGGUGGACUGCGCCUGAGUUGCUUACGCUACAUGAUCGCCCUUCCGAUAUCAAACCGACCACGUAGAACGACAUCUAUUCCUUUGGUUGUGUCAUGUACCAUUUGUUGACUCUGACUGUUCCUUGGCAUGACAUCGACGAAUUUCAAGUCCUUCAAAAAA